UGUGGAAACAAAGCCCUGUUCCACCUCCGUCUCUCUCUGAUUCCUCCCCCCUCUGCUUCUGCCUCCAUCCAUCUCCACUGCCCCCCACCCCCCGAUUUCACGCCACUGAGCAUGCCGCGUGUAGCUCCCACUCGCUGGCAUCACAAACGCUAGAUAUCUUCAGUUCUGAGCUGUGCAGAUUCAUAGAAAUACACACCAGUGUUUGCUAGACGGAGGCUGCGUUCUGGCGAAACACAGGCUGGGGAGAGGCAGUGAUAAGAAAGAAGGAGAGGAAGAGUCCAGCAGCUCAGUACACACCGGACUCAAGCAGGAUCAGCACCAUGAAGACCAGACUAGGUUGCCUGUCCAACAAAUCUGACUCUUACAGCGACUUCUCUGAGUUCCUGCCUCCUGCCCAUGAAACCACAGCCAGGUGUCUGAAACUAUCAACGGAUGAGGUCGUUCGAUGGUCAGAAUCGUUGGAUCACCUUCUCUCCCACAAAUAUGGCCUGGCUGCCUUCCGGACAUUUCUGAAGAGCGAGUUCAGUGAUGAAAAUAUCGAGUUUUGGAUGGCCUGCGAGGAGUACAAAAAAAUCAAGAGCUCAACAAAGCUUGUAUCAAAAGCAAACAAGAUCUUUAAGGAAUUCAUUGAUAUUCAGGCACCAAGAGAGGUAAACAUCGACUACCGCACCAGAGAAAAAACCAGGCAGAGUCUGGAGGAUCCGUCCCCUGCCAGCCUCAAUGAAGUCCAGGCUAAAAUCUACAGCCUCAUGGAGAGAGACUCCUACCCACGAUUCCUCAGGUCCAAGAUGUACCAGGACAUGGUCAACAGGGCUCAUGCACAAGGACAGCGGAGGUCCGUUUAACGCAAUCUGAAGCUCACAGAGGGAGUAGAACUGGACCUGUACUGUAAAUCAUCCAUUAACCCUGUGACAUCAUCUCUGAAUACUGUGAAUCUGCGAGGAUGGACCGACAUGCUUGACUGUUUCCUUUUGUUGACACCAGCUCCAUGCAUGCAAUCCCUCUCGAAAAGAGGUGUCUUAGUGGACAACACUGUACAAUACUGAGAAAGACUGGAUGGGGAUAAGUUAAUAGUUUUACCUCUACUUGGUGCUGGGCGAUACCUGGAAUAAUAAGAAACGACCGUAUGAUGUGAUGACUACAUUUAUCAGAAUACACACAUUCCUGUUUAUAUUCUUUUAAAUGCAUCAUAAAAUCAGACAUUUAGCACAUUAUCAUGUAUCACCUACUGGUUUAACUAAAAACAUUUAGAAUUAAACCUACUCAUUAAACUUUUUAAACUAUACCACAUGGGCCUCUCCAGACCUUGCCACAAACAGGCUGGUGAGAAGAUUCCUCAGUCAAACUGAAACACACUCAAUGAAAUGAGUCACGCAGUGAACAUAUUCUUUAUCGCCCAGCACUAGCUCUACUUAUCUUCUGCUCUUUGUGAGACAGACACCGUGGUACGCAGGCAACUCCACUUGUUGUUGUAGUUUGUGUGUUUAAACCGAACAAUAAAGUGAGUGAACACUUAAUAUCUGAAACUGUGCUAAACUUGACUGCACUUAGAUAUUAUAAUCCAGUGUAUUGUCAACUCUUGCAGGUAUUCUAUGUGACAUUAAAAUGCAGAAUACAGUGAAGGGUUGGGUUCAUUUUUGCUUUCAGUUCAGGAUGUGGAAAGGCGCUACAGUCCCUGAGCUUGUUCCACUGUAUGUGGUACACAACACAUCCUGUUGUUGUACCAAUCAUUUCAUGGCUGCCAAGGAUUCUGCAGUAAUUGUCAUUCAUAUCUUUUCAGGUGGACUUGAUUGAAGCCAUGCUAUUGAACUACUGAACUCAGUGGCAGUAGUACCUUUGGAUAGAUUGGCCAAAUAACUCAUUAUUUGUAUGACAUUUUGAAGUGCUGGCAAAAAGUAGCUAAAAUAUUUCACUAAAAUGGAAAUCACAGUUGAUUUGUGUAACUAAAAUGCAUUUAAAAUGUACAAUAUAAUCAGUCAGUACUUCAAUACUCUGCAUAUUAAACAUCAGUGUCCCAAUCCUGCAAACUGAGAGCAAGCCCAACCCCCACAGAAUCUGUUCUGAGUUUAAAAAGAAAAAGGUGUUGUGCAGAUUUUAGAAGUUAUUUUUAGCAUGAUGCAAUCCUCAGAAUAACUAUUUAUAUGUACAGUAUGUUAAGACUGCAAAAAAAACAACCUAAAUCUAGAAUAUGUCACUGACAUUAAAAUGUGUUUGACGUGUUCCCUCAGCAUUUGCACUCCUCCUUUAAACCAAGGUGACUGAAAAGAUUUCCUGAGUAUUUCAGGAGGGCCAAUAUUUUCUUUAUUGCAUGUGUACCUUUAGGCCAAACUUGGCUGCCAACAUAUCACCCUAUAUGCUGUGGUACUGUGUUCCUCACGAAUGUGACCUCCCCCCACUAUAUUUUGUGAUUAAAAAUGAAUCUGCAUCCUUAUUGUGUGCACUGCGUGACUUCAUUCUCAUGAUGCAAAAAGGGUAUUACAGCGAUGAAAAUGCAUUCAUCCACUCAUCAGACAGAUUGACCUCGAUUCCAGUGCCAUUUCAUAACAGCAAGGAAACAAGACAUAAAUACACAAUACACAAUAAAUAAUCUUACAAAUGAAAACCCAACCCUGAAUCUGGGCUGAUUCAUCAUUCUAUUGCAAAAUUCAUUUUUGGACAAGAGAUUUAGGAUUGUAACGUCUGUGUUCCCAUUCUACAGGGAUAAAUAGCAGGCGAGGAACGUAAUGAAAACAACGGGCUGAACAAAGUGAAAUCGCAGGGACUCGGAGUCUAAAACUUUACAUUUAGUCGCAUCCUCGGUCAGACGCUGCCGCUGCUUUAACUGCGAUGAGUCACAGAAAGUAAGAGAAUGACUAAAAACAGAACAACCAACAUUCUAUUUCCAUCUGCUCACAAGAAAACCACAGCUCCUUGCUAGUAUCUGGGGCACCAGUGGGAUGGACUCGCCCAUGUGACAUUGCACAUCCAUUAACUUUGCUGCUGUUGUCGAUGUAUUAGUCACUCAGGGAAUGAGGAGCAGGGCGAAUGUGGGACAGCGUCCUGCUCGCUAGACACAACACAUCUAUCUGGGCCAGCACACUGCAAACACACACACCUCGCUGUGGAAGAGAUUGCAAGCCGAGCGUGGACUCCUGUCUGUGGCGAUGAAAGUGCCAAGCGCACUGAACAGAGAGCGAGUAACCCAUGUGUAGGUGCUGCUGCCUUUUCGUUGGGAUCAGUUAUCAGUGCUGAUGCUGCCCUGCUGUCACUCCGUCUUUCACAUGGGCCUCCGUCCAGUGGCAGCGCUCGGCUGUGCAAGUCUCACAACGAUUUGAAAAGCCUUUUUAUGGCCACAGUGUUUAAAGUAAAAAAAACUUCUUCUUUUAACUGAUUUUAUACAAAGACAGAAGAAGAUUGGAUUGUUUUUAACUGACGGCAGCUAAUGUAAAACACGAUUUUAUAUUGAUAGAAGUGUCUUUGUCAGUCCAUCCCCUUGUUUCUCUCCUCUCCUACAACUGCACCUCUCUGUCUCCAUCUCUCUGGAUCUUUCCGGUCUCUAUCAAUAGUAAACACAGUACCCAUGGUGCAGCGCUGCCCUGAUCACUAUGGAUCACAGGGAGGACGAGAAGGACAGUUGAUUACUCGUCCUGUUCGUCUCUGAGACAAACAACAG